AUGGGUGAACCGUCGAAAACCUUUGAAGGAAAUACGGGGCCUAAUUUAUCUAAUGCGGCAAUUACGCCAGGUUUGGGUGAGGGACAUUCUUUUAGAAAUGCUAUUCCGUCGACAUCUACUGGAAUAGGAGUGUUAGGACCUCCUGCUUUACCCCCCAGACCAGAAUUAAAUACGUCUGGUUACAAUAGCUACGGAAUGAAUUCUGGGUAUGGCGUAGGGGGAUUCGGUAGUAUGGGAGGAUACGGAGGAGUUGGUGGUUACGGGUCGUAUGGAGGAUACGGGGGAAUGGGCUAUGGCGGUAUGGGAUACGGAAUGGGGAUGGGCGGAAUGGGUGGAUACGGAUCCUAUGGCGGUUUUAACAGAUUCGGAGGUCCGAUGUAUGGAGGAGAUAUCGAAAGCAGGUUCAUUCAAAUGGCAGAGGAAAAUUCGAGGCCAGCGUUUGACUCAAUACAGAGUCUUGUGAAUGCUGUUGGCGGUGUCGCUAUGAUGCUGGAGAAUACCUUCUUUGCUCUCACAAGCUCAUUUAGAGCUAUUCUAGGUGUAGCAGAAAACUUUGGACGUUUAAGGACUUUGUUUGCCCAGUUCUGGUCGACAUUCGCUGUAGUGCGUAGCCUCAACUGGCUUAUAAGAAAACUUAUGGUUAUGCUUGGCAUAAGGACCGAAAGUGAAUUCAAGGCAUGGGCCGAAGCAGUAGCCGCUACACAAUCCGGCACCGGCACACCAGAGCAGAAGGCCAAGGGCUCCACGUGGCCAAUCCUGCUCUUCUUCGGCGUGAUUGCUGCAGCGCCUUAUAUCGUGCUCCGGAUGCUUAAAGGAUUAACCAGCAGUAUAGACGAAAAACUCAACGACCCGACGACCUGGCAGAAUCCACUCCGUGCGGUCGCACAAUACGAUUUCCAAGCUUCAAACCCGCAGGAGCUCAACUUCUCCGCCAGCCAGGUCCUCACACUGGCCCCUCAACACGUCCAGGGCACUCUGUGGAAUUCAGGAUGGCUCAUGGCAUCGACGGACCGAAAACGAGCUGGUUUAGUACCAGUCAAUUAUAUUAAAGUUAUAAAACCUAAUAACGGCGGUCAUGAACAAAGUAUAAACCAGAAAGAAAAUAAAAUCGAGCAACCGGCAACCAAUAUGGCCGAUUUGGAUAAAUACUAUACACAGGAACUGUAAACAUUUAGUCUAAAAUAUAUGUUUAAGCAAUGUGAUACUUCCUUAAAUAGCCCACACUUAAUAUUUUUUAUAAUAUUGAAUUCCUCAAUACAACUCUAAAGAGAA